CCCAAACAAACAAUCUUGGAAAUCCAUUAUUGACCAAUCAUCUUCCUCCAAACUUCCCCUAAAUAUCCAUAAAAUCCAUGUUCUUCACAACACCCCAUCCCUCCACCCUCCACUCCACCAUGCCUGCAACUCCUUUCCACUCUUCUCUCUGUUUCUCUUCUUCUCAGAAGCCUUCUUCUUCUUCUUCGCCCUCAAACUCACACCAACCAAACCCUUUCUUAUCAGCCAAACCCACAACCCUCUUCCACAAGCACCCUCUUCUUCACUCCACUCUCUCUUCCCAAAUCAAAGAAAAAAUCCUCUGCCUUGAAGUCAUGGGCGUCGACGCCGGCAAGGCCCUCUCUCUCAAUCCCUCUCUCCACUCUGCAACUCUUCAAUCCAUUCAUUCUGUCAUCUCCUUCCUCCAAUCCAAAGGCAUUCACCAAAAGGACUUCGCCAAGAUCUUUGGAAUGUGUCCUAAAGUCCUCACUUCUGAUGUCAAAACUGAUCUAAUCCCAGUUUUCACCUUCCUUUCUGAAGAUCUUAAAGUCCCAGAUCAGAAUUUCAGAAGGGCUAUCAACAAAUGCCCUAGGUUGCUUGCUUCCAGUGCCAAAGAUCAGCUGAAACCUACUCUGUUUUACCUUCAAAGACUUGGGCUGAAGGAUUUGGAGGCCUUGGCUUACCAUGAUCCUGUGUUGCUGGUUUCUAGUGUGGAGAAGACCUUGAUUCCUAAGCUGAAAUAUUUGGGGAGUUUGGGGUUUUCUAAGAGUGCCAUUGUGGGGAUGGUUUUGAGAUGUCCAGCACUGCUUACUUUCAGCAUUGAAAAUAACUUCAAGCCGAAGUUUGAGUACUUUUCUGGUGAGAUGCAUAGAAAAUUGGAGGAGCUUGAGGGUUUUCCUCAGUAUUUUUCGUUUAGCUUGGAGAAGAGGAUAAAGCCUAGGUAUGUGGAGACUGAGCAGAGUGGGAAGGAUGUGUCUUUGUCACUUAUGCUCAAAUCCACAGAUGAUGAGUUUAGAGAGUUGUUAAGAGAAGGGGCUUAGAAACAGAGGGGCUUGAAUCCCUAGUUCUUCAUCAUGAUAUAGGUUUUUUGGGUCUGGGUUUCAUACUCAUAAUCCUCCAAAAUUUGAUGAUAAUCAUCACUUAUCACAUCAAUCUUUCAUGUUCUCAUCUUUCCAGCAAUGAAUUCACUGUAUAAACCAGAGUUUUCCAAAUUUUGAUCAACAUUUUUCAA